AUGAUACCUGUUUCAUCUCCCGAUAUUGCCAUAAUAGGCAUGUCCUGCCGCGUAGCAGGCGCCAAUUCACCCUCAGAGCUUUGGAAUGUGCUCGCGUCCUCAAAGGACGUUCGUACCGAAAUCAGUCGGUUCAACUCGGAUGGGUUCUACAAGCCUGACGGUGGUCCUCGAAAAGGUCUAACAAAUGUCCGCCAUGCUUAUGUUAUGCCCGAUGGGGUUGACAAAUUCGACAAUACAUUCUUCAAGAUUUCGCCACUGGAGGCCGAGGCCAUGGACCCCCAGCAACGCCUGUUGCUCGAGCUCACAUACGAGGCAAUUGAGAAUGCUGGGGUUACACUCGACGAGUUUGAGGGGAGUGAUACUGCUGUUUACGCUGGUAUCUUUGGAAAUGACUACCACACUAGUCUCCUACGAGAUGUGGAUGCGACUCCGAAAUACAUGUCCACAGGAACGUCAAACUCCAUUGCUGCUAACCGUAUUAGUUAUGUGUUUGACUUGCAUGGACCCAGUCUAGUCAUCGACACGGCCUGUUCUUCGACAAUGGUAGCCUUGCAUCAGGCAGUGGCUGGUCUCAAGGCAGGGGAAUCUAGCAUGGCAGUUGUUUGCGGCGCAAAUCUGAUCAUCAGCCCCGACAUGUUCGUACACAUGUCUGAGUUGGGCUUUUUGAGUCCUAGUGGCAGAUGUCAAUCCUUUGAUGCAGCUGGGGAUGGCUAUGCUAGAGGGGAGGGUGUGAUGGCCAUCCUUCUGAAGCCUCUGAAUGAAGCUCUGCAGAACGGUGAUCCUAUUCGAGCGGUGAUCCGGGGCACAAGGAUCAAUCAAGAUGGUCGCACACAAGGAAUCAGCUUGCCGUCCUCUGAGGCACAACGACAGAAUUUAUUCUCACUGUACAAACAGCUCGAGUUGGAUCCUGGUGGUGUUCAGUACAUUGAGGCACAUGGUACCGGAACUGCAGUUGGAGAUCCUCUAGAGAUGUCUGCGAUUGACGCCGUGUUUGGAGACUCACACUCGGUAGACAAACUGAUAGUAGGAUCAGUGAAGAGCAGUAUUGGUCAUCUUGAGUCCUGCGCUGCGUUGGUUGGGAUAAUCAAGACGGUCGAGGCGCUUGAGCGAGCCACUAUCCCACCACAGAUGCUAUUCCGCACCCCUAACCCGAAGAUAAAUUUCGAUCGGAUAUCCAUUCCAACCAAUCUAACGACUUGGCCGACAAGCACGGAUGGAUCUCGACGAGCAGGCGUCAACUCAUUCGGCUUUGGCGGUACUAAUGGCCAUGCAGUUUUGGAGGCCUUUGACUCUACACAUGCCGCUUCGAGGAUACUUGAUGAGAAUAGACCAUAUCUGUUCAAGGUCUCAGCGGCCAAUACGUCGUCUCUCGUGGGAUUGUCAAAAUCGAUAGCCGAUUACGUUGAGAGAGAACGACCAGCCUUGUGUGAUCUCUCGCACACCCUUCUUUCUCGGCGAUCGAAUCUCAGGAAGCUGGCGUUUAUUGUCGCGUCUUCUCACGAUGAACUGGUUUCGAAACUGAGAGUUGAGCCCCAGGAGCUCGUGAGAAGCAACACUGCCAAUAAAAAAGUGGCCUUCAUCUUUACUGGCCAAGGUGCACAAUGGCAAAUGGGAAAGCAGUUGCUGGGGACAUCUCCCCUGUUCCGAAGCGUCAUUACCGAUUGCGAUAACGUCUUGCAAUCUUUGCCUGACGCGCCAUCGUGGAAGAUUGCAGAGGAACUAGUCAAGUCUAAAGAGAAGUCCCGGUUAGCUAGAGCCAGCUUCUCACAGCCAAUGUGCACUGCGUUGCAGAUCGGACUGGUGGAGAUCCUGAGAUCCUGGGGCAUCUCACCGAACGGUGUUGUUGGCCAUUCUUCUGGGGAGAUUGGAGCUGCCUACGCUGCAGGAUUUCUCUCCCUUCGAGAUGCUAUUACCAUCGCCUUUUAUCGUGGUUUGUAUCUGGGUGAAAAUGCCCCUGUCAAGCGAGACGGUCCCGCCGGGGCUAUGUGUGCCAUUGGUCUGGGAGAAGCUGACUGCGCUAAUAUGCUUGAAAGGUACCAAGGAAAAGUCGUUCUUGCGGCUGUGAAUUCACCAAGCAGCUGCACACUAUCUGGCGAUGUUGAUGGGAUCCAAAAGAUCGUGGCAGAGUGUACUGAGAAUGGUACAUUCUGCCGGGCGCUGCGUGUUGACAUGGCAUACCACUCCCAUCACAUGCUACCGUUAGCCCCAGCAUACGAAAAUGCAAUGAACGCGGCGCAUGUCCAACCCCUCAGUGGCAAUCCAACAACGUGUGAGAUGUUCUCCUCGGUGACUAGACAGAAGGUAACUAGCGGUGACUGUGUUCCCUCGUACUGGAGAGACAACAUGGUGUCCUGUGUACGCUUUCUGGAUGCAUUAGGUCAGCUUGCUACCAAUGUUAACCCGGAUGUCUUUUUCGAAAUCGGACCUCACCCGGCUUUGAAAGGGCCUGUUGGGGACGUCUUAUCCAGCAUGGGUAAGACCGAAUACCAGUAUUUCCACUCUUGCUUCCGUGGACAGCCAGAUCAUGAAGCAAUGUUGAAUACUGCUGGAAGCAUGAUAGCCGCGAAUUUGCCGGUGUUGGCAAGCCGUGUUAAUGCAGCCCAGACAUGCCAUGGCCUCAAGUCUACAUACACCACAGGAAGGGUGCUCACAGACCUCCCUACCUACCACUGGGACCACUCGACAGGAUUCUGGGCCGAGUCUCGAUUGAGCAAGAAUGUACGUGAGCGCCGAUUUCCCCGCCAUCAACUGCUGGGUACAAGGUUUCAUAACGAUAUGCCGCUUGCCCCAAGGUGGAGGAACGUCUUUUGCUUACAGGAUUUGGGCGAUAUUGCCCAUACAUUGACCGACCGAUCGUUUUAUGGCUCAGUGGCAAUAACCCUUUCUAUGAUUCUGGAAGCUGCACGGCAGAUAUUCAUCGAGAAUCAGCUGGACAUGCCCCUGGUUCGGCUUCAGGAUAUUGCCUUUCAGCAUCCAAUACCAUUCCCAGAGGAUCCCGAGGCUCCAAUGGAGAUUCAUCUGGUUAUACACCAGGAUACCGCCACUAGUGGAUGGAGGCUUGAGAUAUUUUCUGCGCGUUCCCAAAGUGAAAUGACAUGGGUGAAGAACUGCACUUCUCGAUUGAGCUUUUCUCGAGACGAAACUACACUUCCAGAAUCUACAGAGUGUCAACAUGACGAGGAUAAACUAGAAUACGCGCUAUCUUUCGGGACGAUGCAACACCCUGACCUUGAUGACUUCUCCUUCAACAAAGAUAGCGCCUACGGUCGGUUCUCGAACCCGGUCCUUGGAUACGAGAAUUACAAGGUCGACCCUGCCAUUCUCUCUACAGUACUACAACUUCCUGAACUCGUUCUGCAGGCAUCAGGACUUCCAGCAGCCUAUCAGCUACUUGAGAUCGGGACUUUGGAGCUAGAUAUCACGAUGCCAGCGAUCGAGAAAGGGUCAUUCCAGGUGACAUUCCCGACGCGGGGCACAACCGGCGGAAAGGCCGAACUGGCUGUUUAUGGAGAAUCCGGCCAUGGCUUAGUCGUCCGAGGGAUGUCUUUACAGCGGCAGAAGGUGAUUCAGAAGGAUCCUAUUCUAAAGUCUUUGUUCUACAAAAGCCACCUACAGCCAGAUAUAAUUCGUUUGUCGAGCACCAGCGCCUUGCACAUCAAACGGGUAACGGAGCUUGUCACCGGAAAGUGGCCCAUGUGCGAUGUUGGAAUAAUCAAUCUUGAUUCAACAACGACUGCGACUUUACUCUCUGGCCUCCAGGGUAUGGAAUCGCAUCAACGACCGAAAUUCCGCUCAUUGACCAUAGUCGGUGAUCAUUCUGUGAAACAGUCUGAUCGCGUGAGGACUCUGGAUGGCUUGGACGGCUCUCUGAAGUUACACUGUCUGAUAGGCAAAGCUUGUGAUGUCCGGUCUUCCACAUCUAAUCUGUUGCAGAACGGUGUGGUCUGCGCACUGCUAGAAGACCAUGAAGAUGAAGCUUUCUUUUCGGAAACAUUCGACUCGAUCUGCGACGUGACGGGACUGGAUGAAAAGACUUGGAGACUAGGACGGCUCAAGCCACAUGCAAAUGGGACGCUGGUUCCGGAUAAUGUGAAGGUUAUUGCGCCAUUUGACAUUAUCUCAGCGCCUUCCGUCGCCAAUGCGAGCCCCAAAUUCGAAGGCAUUUUGCUGGAGACACAGACGCUCAAGCAAUGGACAAGCGCCAACGCCUCCACUGAUAGUUUCGACGCCAUUAUUGUUGACAGUGCAGACAAGUCAAUCCUGGUGGAUUGGAAAGGCGCCCAAAUUCUACCUUGGCUGCAAUUCGUGGUGGACCACGUCAAAGUGCUUCUCUGGGUAUCCAUAGCGGAUGGUUUGGGCAACCUGUCAGGAAGUCUCCUGAAAACUCUGCAGUCAGAGUAUCCCUCUGUCAGAUUCGCCACCCUUAUAUUCAAGGGAGAAAAGGACAUGGACUUUAUUACUCGGACAACACUUGCCCUUUAUGAUGAUAUCAUACACGGGGACCGCGAAAUCCAGUACGUUGUUCAGGACCGGCGCUUCCACAUUCUGCGAUACCAGCCAGAUGAUGAGCUAUCUGCAAGCGUGGGAAUUAUACCUCCAGUCCAGGAGGCUGCCAAGCGAAGCCCGCAGCUCUCUAUACAUCAGCUGACCUUGUCGGGUCCAAGAUCGACCCUCCUUUUGAGUGAAAGAGCUGGCAUUGAUGUGGGUCGUCAACAAAAUACAUAUCGGGUUGUUGUUGAUACUAGUGUUGUGGAUCUGGCCGAUACGUACCGGUUUAACAAUCGCAGUCUGUUGGAUUCGCCGCACCUGGGGCGUUUCUUUGCCGGACGUGCUUACUCUGCUUUUGGAUCUGACUCCUCCUUUAUUCGGGUCGUGGGGUGGCAUACGAAUGCGCACCAGUCCGUUCUGGAUCUGCCCGCAUCACAGGUGUUCCCUAUCCCUGAGGGGACUUCUGUGGUAGAUGCUGUUGUGCAGUAUGCGGCUUUUACUACAGCAGCGACUGUUUUAGGCGACAUCGCGAGAUGUCGUCGUGGAGACAGGCUGUAUAUACGCGUCGCCGGAGUCCUUGGCGAAGCAUUGACAGCAACUGCAAAGCUCCUGGGAGUCACAGUUGUCUCAGAGGCUCGCAGCACGGAUAUAGUCAUUGAGUAUGCUAGUGAAAGAGGUCUACUAUUGAAUGGUGGCCCGGUUUGUCUGCAGAAAUUGUCGGCCACCAAUGCCUUCCACAACUCUGUUGCUUCACGGCUUGGCCCUCGAUUAGCACUGAACAGUGUCGUGUCAACGUUCAACAUCAAGGACCAUCAGGUCGCCUUCGAGAGGGCAGUAGAACAGCCGUUUGCCGUUGUUCUCAGUCACUCCGAACAUGAUGACCUUGGCAAUGCCAUUACAUGGUACCCUUCAAAGAAGCCUCUGUUCCGUGAUGACGGUGCCUAUAUAAUUAUCGGAGGAUCUGGAGGUCUUGGCCAAUACUUGUGUUCAUGGAUGAUUCAAAACGGGGCCAAGAACCUCUACAUUCUGAGCCGUCGAGGAAUUCUCGCCCCCGGCGCUCAUGAGACAGUAGAGGCUAUUGAGAGGCUCCAUGGUCAUCUGGAAGUAUUGAGUGCAGACGCAACGGAUUCCAGUGCUGUGCAAGAAGCCCUCGAGUCAAUUCGACAGGUGAUUCCUAUUCGUGGCUGCCUCAACCUUGCAAUGAUUCUGAAGAACUCGCCUUUCUCAACGAUGACAGAUGAGCAGUGGGAUGAUGUCCUUCGAGUGAAGGUUGAUACGACGUGGAACUUGCACCAGCAUACAUUGCAAGACGACUUGGACUUUUUCAUCAUGUUCUCCUCCAUCAGUUCAAUCUGUGGCAACAGAGCACAAGCCAAUUAUGCUACUGGCAAUGCAUUCCUCAAUUCAAUGGCUGAGUACCGCCAUGGUUUAGGACUUCCCGGAACCGCUGUUGCACUGGGUGCUAUGUCCGGUAUCGGAGUCCUGGCAAAUAAUGAAGAACUACUUCGCAUCCUUCGCCAGAGCGGCCUGGAUAUCGUUGAUGCCAAAGGCCUGGAGAAAGUUAUGGAGGCGGCUAUUUUAUCCUCCCAGUCCCGGGAUCAUGCGACUAUCACCGUUGGUCUACAGAUGUUCGAAACACUUGAUGGCAAGGUUCAGGCAGAGUCAGACCAAACUCAAAUCUUUUGGACUGAAUGGCCUGAAUUUGCCUGCUUAAUGGACCACAAAGCCUCGGGGUCUGGAGCUGCCGCGGAGCUUUCUCUUCUCGAUCAAGUGCUGGCGCUAGAUUCCGAUGCCGCAUUGGGUGCGCUGCUCAAGGGAUUCAGGGUAUGUCUGUCGAAUAUUACCGGUCAGCACGAAUCAUCAUUCGAUCCUGCCUCUCCUCUCUCCAUGUAUGGACUGGACUCGUUGAAUGCGGUGGGGGUGCGAUACUGGUUCUUCAAAGAAAUUGGUGUCGACCUUCCUGUGUUUGAUGUUCUUGGCUGCACAAGCAUCAAUGCAUUGCUUGCACGUGCCUAUCAGAAGCUCGAGGGGCAGAAGUCUGCGACAGAGGCAAUCAAGAUACCGCAGCCGGUUGCUCACACUGAGGUGGCCGUGCGUCCUCUGUCACAUUCUCAGCAACGGUUAUGGUUCUUGUACAGAUUUUUAUCCGAUAAGACGGUGUACAAUCUUCUCUUGGUCUGCCAUAUAAUCGGAUGUGUUGAUGCCACCAAGUUCGCCACAGCUUGGACGGUACUAAUGGAACGGCAUGAAGUUCUGCGAUCGAAGAUUGUUGACACGGCGGAUGGAUUGCAACAAAUUCCGAUUUCCGAGAGGGCGUUCCCGUUGACGGUUGUCGAGACCUCGGAUGAAGAUUUCCAGCAGCGAGAAGAAGCAUUGACCCAGAUAGCUAGAGUCCACAACUUUGACGUCGAAGGAGGUGAGCUGAUUCGAGGGUGGCUGCUCAGAUCGCCCACCAAGGCUCGCUUCUUCCUCGCUUCGAACCACCUUGCCUGGGAUCGCUCCUCGGUUCCUACAAUUUUUAGCGAGACUUCGGCAAUCUACAAAUUUCUCCUAGCUGGAGAGCAGCCAGAAGAACAGCUUCAACCAGUGCCUUUCCAGUUCAUUGACUACACUCUUUGGCAAAAUGAUUGGUUGAACCAAGAAGCUCUUACCGCCCCAAUGAUAAGCUACUGGGAGAAGAAGCUCGCUGGGGUUCCCCAAGCCGUUUCCCUGUUGCCUUUUGCGUUGAAGGAGCAGCGACCAUCUAUGAAGGUAUACGAGGUUGGCCGGGUGCAGCAUAUUCUGGAUGCCGAAUUAGCGACAAGUAUUAAGAACUUUUGCAAGAGACAUGCAGUUACGCCCUUCAUGUUUGUUACCUCUGCUCUGGGUGCAGUUCUGAGCCGGUUGACUGGAGAUGAGGAUGUCGUCAUUGGAAUCACGGAUGGUGAUCGAGGACACUCGGCCUUUGAUCAGCUGAUUGGCUUUACGGUCAAUAUGUUGCCCUUGCGAAGUCACAUCACCCGUCAUAUGCCCUACAUGACAUUCCUGGAGCAGUUCCGGACUACCUGUCUUGAGGCAUAUGAGCAUCACGCGGUCCCAUUUGAUUACCUUCUGCAGAAGCUGAACAUUUCCCGCAGUACUAGUCACAGCCCUGUCUUCCAGAUCACAGUCAACUAUCAAGUUCAAGGGGGCUUUCCUGAAGUCGACUUUGGGGAGUUCAAGUUCGCAGAGUACGAUCAUUACAAUGCGAGAUCCCAAUCAGACAUUGCCCUGGAGGUUGAAGAGUUGGGAACGGGUGAGCUUUUGUGUGGAUGGGACUUUGAUAGUUCCCUGUACGACGAAGCUGGUGUUCUGGAAUUGGUAGAGAUGUAUCAUCUCUUCAUCCAAGAUGUGAUUGAGAAGGAUGGCGCUGGUCAAAUCGAGGAUUUCCAACUAGUCUCGAGCGCUGACAAGGCUCGGAUCGCAUCCGCUCUACAACCGUCUUACGAGGAUGAACCAUCCUUGGAACAACUCAACCAGUCAUUGUUCCCUGUUUUGUUUGCCGCUGCGGUCGGAGAGAAUCCGAAUAAGACGGCACUUAUUGAUUGCCACGGCAGCCUCAGCUACAGUGAGUUAAAGGCGCGCACGAAUGCUGUGGCGAACACUUUGCUGGAUAAUGGGGCACGAAUGGGGGAUCGCAUCGGUAUCUGCUGCGAGCAAAGCAACUCCCUGGUCAUUGCAGUUUACGGCAUUCUCAGGGCCGGGUGUGUGUAUGUCCCAAUCGAUCCUGACUUUCCUGCAGAGCGUAUUUCCUGGAUGAUUGAAGAUGUGGGGAUCAGCAAGAUACUCGUGGAUGACUUGGGCGACAAGAAGAGUCAACAGAUCUUGAUGUGUGGCUUUGAGUUGGAACAUCUAUAUGAGGUCGAAAAAGUCAGCCAGGAAUCCAGCAGGAUGGAGACACCUGUCUUGCCUCGGGAAAUCGAGCCUUCGGAUAAUUUCUGCUGCAUCUUCACGAGUGGAAGUACGGGUCGACCAAAGGGUGUGUAUAUUGGUCAUGCCCAAUUGCGAUAUCAGAUGCAUGGGUACAACAAAUAUAUCGGCACAUCUAGCGACGAUUUGAUCCUGCUGGCUUCAGCAAUGGUGUUUGACAUGUCACUUCCAGCCAUUUUUGGGACGAUUCAAUAUGGCGCCACCAUGUUUGUUGCAUCCAGAGAAGCGCGAUAUUCUGCCAUCGAGAUGAUCAGCACAUUAAUCACUCGGCAGAUCACCAACUGCAUAUUUACCCCUACACAGGUCAAGGUCAUGCUGCAAGCACCCAACAAGAAAGACCUCUCGCUUUGGACGAGUCUGCGGAGACUUGUACUAGGAGGGGAAUCGGUAUCCACUCAUCUAGUCCGGGACUUUUUCGCCCUCGAGUUGCCGCAAGCCAGGUUCUUCAACGGAUAUGCGCCGUCUGAGACGACUGUUGUUAACACAUUGAAAGAAUUGUUUCCGGAAGAUGCUGGAAGAUCGGAUAUUCCACUUAACGUCCCGUUCUUCCCCGCACGUUUGUAUAUCCUCGACGAGGAAAUGCGGCCGGCUCCAUUCGGAGUUCCUGGCGAGCUGUAUAUUGGCGGCCCUAAUGUCAACCGGGGAUAUGUGAACAGGCCUGAAAUCACAGCAAAGGCUUUCCUCGACGACCCCUUUGCUCCAGAGUCGGAGAUUCAGGCCGGCUUUGGCAAGCUCUAUCGCACCGGAGAUGCUUUUUGCCUUUCUCGAGACGGAACUGUGCGCGCUCUUGGGCGCAUUGGCAGCGACCGUCAGGUCAAGAUACGCUCCAUGCGGGUUGAGCUCCAGGAAAUAGAGAAUGCGAUCUGGUCCGCAUACGAGGUCUUGCAAGAAGAAGGGGCCCCAUCGCUAUCGCUUGUGGCUGUUACGUAUCACCGCAAGGGCGAACUUGAUGGGCUUCUCGCGGCAUACCUCGCACCGUCCGGGUCUGUUGAGGUAUCAGAUGAUGAACAGCGGCAUUUGACUGGCUAUUUGCGACUCGCUCUCAAAGCCACCCUUCCUGUCCACAUGCUGCCGGCAGCUUAUGUGUUUGUCCGCGAUUUGCCACGCACCAUCACAGGAAAAAUCGAUCACUUGGCCAUUUCCUCGUGGCAGGCACCGACAGUCAAUGCAGCCAAUGGGGUUAGUUCUCAUGAGAAUCUGAGCGAGACUGAAAGCAUUGUUGCAAGUGUCUGGAAGAGCGUUCUGCAUAUUGGCGAGGCUCUGGGCCCUGCCGAUGACUUGUUCGCUCUAGGUGGACACUCGUUGAUCUUGCUUCAAAUUCAAAGCGAGAUUGCCGACAAAUGCGGUGUUACCAUCUCGCUUGCGGAGAUGUUUGCGAAUCCAUCACUCAGGGAAAUGGGGUAUUUGCUAGCUCAGUAUCAACGUGGUGACUACGAUGGACAUUCAAAAGAGGCCAUUUCGGACGAACAUGAACCGUCGGCAACCAUCGACUGGCAGAAAGAGACAUUGCUGCCCGGACCAACUUGGACGGUCGCAUCCUCUGAAGCGGCCAACCCAGCUGCGAUUGUUGUUACUGGCGCGACGACCAUGAUCGGUGCCCAUUUCGUACAUCUAAUGUUGGCUUCGUCUACGGUCAAUGUGCAUUGUAUUGGGGUGCAAGCGACCAGCGAGCAUGAAGCCCGGGCCAGCGUCUUGUCCACCUUUUCCAAAUGGAACUUACUAGACGUAUCCAGUGCAGCGCUCGAUGAAAGACUCUACGUAUACCGUGGCAGUCUAUCGCAUCCUACUCUCGGGCUAUCGGACGACAUUGUACGCCAUCUCGAUGAGCAGGCAGACCAGGUUUACCAUUUCGACUCGGACGUGUCCCUGUUGAAGAACUAUGAGGCCCUCCGACCGACCAACAUUGGCUCACUACAUUUCCUUAUCGACCUAGCCCGUGGAUCCUCGGGCAAGGUAAAACCACUGCACUAUUUGUCCAGCUGGGGAGUUCCGCACCUGCAAUCAUGGGCAUCCAGCAGCCUGUCCAACCAAGGCUACAUCGAUGGCGAGAAAGAACUCACCAACCUGACCCCUGGCAGCGAAAACACCCUAGGAUACCUAAAAUGCCGCUGGGUGUGCGAGGCCCUGUUAUAUGAAGCAGCGAAACGGGGCCUUCCUGUGAGCAUCUACCGCGCCUGCAUGUGUGGUAGUGCGCCACUGUCAGGCCGCGGACUCGACCGAACCGACAUCAACCGACGAAUCCUCGAGGCCUGCUUACAGACCAGUCUUGUUCCUGAUUUCCGGAGCGCCAAUGGAGGCGGAAUGAGCUGGAUUUCGGUGGACUAUUUGGUGCAGUCAAUCAAGCAUCUUUCCAGUGACUCGACCCCUGGGACUACAGGUCAGACACGCAUCUUCAACUAUCAAGCGGAGAAGCACAUCCCGUACACGCAGUUGCCAGCGGUAUUGGGUGGUGACCCAGCAGAUGGCGGAGUGUCUCUAGCGGUGGUCCCACCAGCAGAAUGGUUCAAGGGUCUUCGAGAGAGCCAUAAUCCUGAGAUGAUCAUGCACGCAGAAGUGCUGGAGCAGUGGUUUGACGCCGGGUGGACUCCGUUUACAUUGCAGGGAGAAACAAGUGGACGUCUUGUGGAGGUGGGAUUGGUGGCGCCGACAGUAACUCGGGAGUUCCUUUUGAAGCAGGUUGUCGGGACGGUGGGAUUCUAGUUGAUUGCAUAGGAUGCCAUGAGUUUUUAUUGUUGGGAGUUUAGAUGAGUUUUAGUUUGAAGUUCAAGAUAAUGAUGUUGGGACUCACAGCCCCCAGUUAAUCAGUCAUGUCUUCUUCUUUCGUUUGUAUGUCAUGCUAUGAAAUUUCUCAUACG